AUGGUGCGGCAAGAGGAUGUGGAUAACUUAUUUGCCAAACCUGGGACAGUGCGACGGCACUGCCUUCUGUUGAGUGCCUGUAUAGUUUUCGACGUUACCGUAUACCCGUUGAUGAUAUGGUUUCUCUUUAUCGAUGUCCCAGCCUUCCUGCAGGCCCCUCCGCGUGAGGAGGACGAACGCAUGUUUCUGUUCAUCAAGCUUGGAGCUGUUUGCGGCUUCACGUUCGUGGUCUGCAUGUACCAGGUGAUAUUGUUUGAUUUGUUUGGCCAGCAUUGCUCGCGGAUGCGUCAAGCCUUGUCCAUGGAGCGGAAACCAGUACCGCAGACCAGGGUGGACGAUGCUGCCAGCAAGCAUUUUGAAGCUUGGGACGUGAGGCCUGAUGAUGCCGCAAGCCUUGCUGGUCCUCCAGAAGACAGUGUUAUGGCCCUUCCUGGGGCAUUAUAUCCGCAGCAUUUAGGCAUGCCAUCCAUCGAAGAAGCACCCGAUGGCACUGUGGUUCAGAUGGUGGCACCGUUCCAGAGCAGAACUAUGUCACGCAACCCGCCGGGAAUGGCCGGGGACGAGCGGGGACGAGCUCAUGCUGUUGCCAGCCGCAAAUAUCACUCCGAGGGGGGCGACACCGCUGCGCGAGCUCUACACAGCUUUGUGCCUGAGGGUGGUGCAGAUGCACUACAAGGAACAUUAGAUGGGCGAUGUUAUGUUUGCUCAAGUUCUCCAGGGAUUGUUGGCUUGGUUUCGGCUUCCUGCGGGCAUUUGGUUUGUAACAGUUGCAUCGUCACGACGAAGAAGGGUAGCACUUGCUUGAGCUGUAAAGCAGCUGCUGGCAAGUCUAACGAGAAGACGGUGUCCUUCGACAGGGAGACAGUCUUCACAUACAUCAAGCAGACUCCAGUGCAAACUCCCAGAUGA